AAAGUGACAGUUUUUGCUAUGCUGCUCGCAUGGCUUCUUAAUUCGAGGAGAAACUAACCUAAGAGGCAAUCCACGUUGGUGAAGUGCCCAGUUUGCUUUUGAAGUGCUCCCGAUUUUACUAUCUAAGCAUAAAAUCAAUUUUUACACUUAAAUGGAGGUCCCACUGGAAGUUAUGAAUGGAGAGAAACAUAGCAGUAGCUUUUCAGUGAAGGAUAUUUUGGAUUUGCCUAAAGGAAAAAUUAGUUGUAGUCCUGUAGAUUCUCAAACCCCAACAGUAAACAGUAAUGUUUUAUCAUCUAUUCCAUCCGUACCUGAUGUAAGUGAUUUGCCGGGAGUUACGAACUACUAUGAUAACGACAAUCCUUACAGCAGAUGGUUACAGACUAACGAAAAUAUACCAUACUCAAAUGUAUCACACCUGAACUCUCCAGGCGAUUCAAGUCAUUCUAGUGAUAUUUCCGCAACAGAAAGUCAUCCUGGUGUUAAUAAAAAACACACAACGGUGAAAUCAGAAGGAAAUAGUGACAACAAUUGUGAAAAAAGUAGUGAAAAUAACUCCAAUAAUAGCGAAUCACAAAAGAAACGAAAGCGAAGAGUUCUAUUUUCUAAAGCCCAAACUUACGAACUUGAACGUCGUUUUAGACAACAAAGAUAUCUUUCAGCACCAGAGAGAGAACAUUUAGCCAGUAUUAUUAGACUAACGCCGGUGCAAGUUAAAAUAUGGUUUCAGAAUCAUCGUUACAAAUUAAAGCGCUCUAGGCAAGAAAAAGGACUUGAUCUUAACCCUUUGCCGUCGCCUCGACGCGUGGCAGUACCAGUUCUUGUGCGCGAUGGAAAACCAUGUCAACCAAGUAUGAAUAACUCUAUGGUUAAGUCUCCCGAUCAACUAGCGCUACAGCAAAAUAUCGGUUCAUCUUUAAAUCAUCAACAGUUACAAAAUAUGAACAUGAAUUCUAUGGUAUCACUUCCUGGUAUGAACAACUCUAUGUCUGGUAUUAACCCCUCGUCUAUAUCAUCCAGUAUGAACAAUAUGAACAUGAGCUGUUCUUAUAAUUCUGCAGUAGGAUCAAUGAACUCCAUGAACCUUAACAUGAACAUGAACCAUAAUAUGAAUGUUUUACCAAGCUAUACACACCCUCUUAUGCAACCUCAGACACGAUGGUGGUAGUAUUCAUUGCCUUUGUCGUCCGAUUCCAUCCAAUUAUACAUGUAUUCAUCGGUUUGACGAGUCUCGUUUUUAAAUCUUUAUUUUAUAACUAAAUCCAAAGUGCUUCAAGUGAUCUGUCUGUGCUGUUAAAUAAGAUCUUUGUUUCCUUUCUUACAACUCGUCUAUGCCGAGACUGUGCUUUAUUCCUCUGUGAUUUGCAAUAUUUCAUUGGUUCGUUAGAAAGUGCUAUACACAAAUUAUUUAGUUGUAUUAUUUCUGAAUUAUUGCAUGCAUUUUCUUUUAACCAGAAAUUCGAAAUUUUGAAUAUUGAAGAAACUGAAGCGACUUUUUAAACAUGUAUUACGCAUCUAUUUUUUAAAAAAAAGUACAUGUUUUGAGUUGAGAUAUCUUUAUUUGAAUACUUUUAUAUAUAUACAUUUUACAAAUGCAAUCUACUAAUUUUUAUUGUUGAAUAUCACAAACCAAUAAAUCAUUUGAACCAA